GCUCCUUUUAAAAGGUGUUUAAAAUUUGCAUCAUUUUGUUUGGGAAUGCAUUUAUUGUUAACCAGUUAACAUCCACGUGAAUUCGUUCAGUUUAAUCUUGUUUACCGUAAAAAUUUUCCGGUGGAACGUGUUAGAAAUUUUGAUAUGGAAGUUAGUCCGUUGUUGCAGACAGAUACCGCUUCUGAUUCAACAAGGAAGCGUACUGAAGAAAGCGAGGAAGCCCAACAUCUGCCAGAAAACGUGGAAAGUCAUCCAGGUGCAGAGGGAAAUUCCGCUGAGAAACCGUUGAAGGUACAGAAAACUGCUGGGCUUUUUGGGGUAUUCUCCAAUUUGGCUGCAGGGAUCACCACUGCAAGCCAGAGCGUUCUUGAACAGGCAAAGGAGGCAUCAAAAGCUGUGCAAAAAACUCUUGAAGACAAAACGAUCAUUGGAGGCUUCAACAGAAUGCAGAACGAGUUCAUUCAGGAACGAAUGGCGCGUGAUAAGGGUCCAGGCGUGGCCCCUUGGAGCGGCUGCAACAACGAGGAGGAAGUGAAGAAACAAGUUUUGGCGCUGUCGGCAGAUAGAAGAAAUUUUACACGCGAUCCUCCAUCGGGUGCCAAUUUUGAAUUUGAUCUCGAGAGCGCAAUGCCCAUUGCUGUUAUUCUUCUGCAAGACGAUCCGGAGCUUAACAAAAAACGUUUUGAAUUGGUGCCAAAAGUCGUCAGCGAGCACGACUUUUGGAGAAAUUACUACUAUCGUAUCUCAUUGAUAAAACAAUCAUCCAUGUUGACCGUAGAUACCUCUGACAUGGAAGGCACAAACACUCCAAGAGGGGAUAUUGACAGAGACGACAUCUCAGUUGCAUCGAAUCUGGAUCUUAUGGACGGCUCUGUAGUGGGCGAUUCCGACACGCAUACUGCCGAGCACGUGGUUGUGCCGUCUUGCCCUCCGUCAGCUGACAAGCCGGGCAAAUCAGCUACUUCGGAAACAGGCAAAGCAGCCGAAGAAGGGUGGGAGCAGGAAUUGCAGCAGACCUUAGAUAGUUAUGAGGUUGUUGGUGGCGAAACGGACAUAGCUGAUACAGAAUUGGAUCAGGCCCUGAGCAAUACCGUCGAUGAUCAAAGGACUGUUUGACAGACAUGCACACAUAAUCACAUUGAAAUGGGGACUGCUCUGUCGCCUUCCGGAAGGAUAAAGUCUUGUCCAGCGGCAUAAUGUUGCCAACGCUGGUUUUCGCAAACCUUUUUUCCAGUUGAUAAAAUGACUCAGCGCGGACUGUCCUGUUGUUUUGGUAAUUACUAGAGGUUUAGAGUUCCAGCACUUUCAAAUGCACUUUCAUUUUAACUGGGUCGGAAUUUCUUAGUUUUUAUCCCAUUUCCACAUCGCUACAGGGAAGCAACCAAUCAAUAAACUGCGGUAUCGGA